GAUGCCCUGCGGGACGAGCUCAUGCCCAGGGAGAAACGGGAGGAGGAGAGGGUGCUUGCCAUGAACACACUGGUUUACCGGUCACGGGCGUACAAUGAGAUUGAGGACCUGAAGAGAGUGUGGGACAAGAGCGACCUCUCGGAGUGUGUUCGAAGUGCAGGGAGUCCCCUCAAGGGGUACGACAAGAUCAUCGAGGAGUACAAGACAGAGUUCGUCCUGGCCCAGAAGCAGGAGAAGCCUGGUCUACGACCCUUCAAGGUCAAGAACGUGAAGGUUCAGACGUGCGGCACGCUUGCGUGGGUGACCUGCAUCGAGGACAUGAGGAGCCCAUACAAGUCCUACCCCAAGACGGUGCAGCUGGUCACCAACGUGUUCCGCAAGACCAGCAACGGGUGGCGGCUCACCCGACACCACUCGUCAGACCGUGACAUCAUCGCCGGCAAGGGCGGCCGCAGCGCCAAGCAGGCUCUCAAGGGCGCUCGCGAGCUCCCGGGCGGCGGGGGGAUCCUGCAGAACUUCGUGGACAAGACCGGGGGAGUGACGGAGGUGUCGGCGAAGCUCUUCAGCGUGGUUAACGGGGAGAUGAAACCUAUCGACAUCGACUUGGACGGGUCUGAUGACGAUGAUGAUGAUGAUGAUGAUGAGGAGGAGGAGGAGGACAUCACAGACGACAUCGGGAGAGAGAUAGCCAGCCAGAUCUUCCUGAACUACGGAGACCUAUUCGACGGCGGAGACGGGGCGUCGCUGGGGGAGAUAAGCUUCUCUGCCUCCGGGCCGAUGGGCGGCGACUCGAUCGACGAGACCAUUCCGCCGGCUAUGCGGAAGCGCAUCGAGGAAGCGAUGGAGUCGACAAUGAAGAAGAAGCGCAGCGACGCAAGCCGGCAGAGGUACGAGAACAUCUACAACGUGAGCGAGGGGCUUAAGGAGGUCGUGGCGGAGGGAGGAGGAGGAGGAGGAGGAGGAGGAGGAGGCUCCGAGACCGCCAAGGAGUGGCACGAGUGGCAAGACGCCGCCACCAGCGACAGCGACGAUGGCGACAAGGGCUGGUCGAGCUUCGGUGGCGACGAGGGCAAGACCGGGGGUGAUGGGGAGGGGGAGGCCGCGUUGAGGGGCUCGCGGGACCUGACGAGAAAGACUGUCGACGCCGUUAGGGUGCUGGCGGAAAUGGGGCGGAUAGGCGAGGGGGAAAAGAGCUUGCUGCUUGCGGACGUUAUACGAAACGUUCCCUCAGGUGGUGCUAGCAAGGUGGAAAUUGCGUACUCGGUGCUGCUUGACGGGGAAGUGACGCCGGAGGGGAUGGAGUACACGGACAAGGCCGAAGAGUUCGCACAUGAGUGCAAGGCCAUAGCCGGGCAGCUUCUGGAACAAAGCAACAGCAACCGGCCGGGGCGAUGGAGGUUCUGGGCGAAGCCGCAAUGGUGGAAAUUCUGGGCGAGUAAAGAUUCCGAAUAGUUUCGAGUUGGAGACUUGACAGCACGAACGGCAACAAGUCUGCGGAGCCCCCGGGGCGGCGGUGGCGGCGGGUUGUGCGUAUUUAUCGUCGUCCUAGGUGUUUAUCGCCGCGGCGCAUGCAUCUUAUGCAUACCUCCCUACCACGUUUAUUCUGUUCAAGCAACUGUUCACAAAACUAUGCGAAAUAAGCACGGGCGGCGGAGGGGACGGGCGCGGGGGGCACCGGCGAAUCAUCACCGGUGGGGUCGCUCAGGCUCAAGUUCGUAGCAAAUCAAAUUCUGUGUCUUUUUUUUGGAGGCGUUGUUUUCGGGAGCGUGGGAGCAGAACAUGACCCGAGGUCCCUCCCACUCCAGUUAGUUAGAUGUUGUCGGCGCUUGACUUCCGUGCCCAUUGUUUGGGAGAAAGGUGGUGGGUGGUUGUCUCUUGGACAUGGAGGUGAUGGUCCGGCGUGACUGUUUAGUGUGCGGUUGUGGUGAGAUCUUGGCUUGCAGAGGAAAAACAAGCAAAACAAAGGUCAUGUGCGCGGUGCCCACCAGUGCCGCUAGUUGCCAAAGCUCGUGCUGCUGCCAAUGCUUCUGCCCUCGCUGGUGUUGCAUGCCGGCAGAGUCUUGUUGCGUGUUUUUCUUGAGAAGACAAAAAAAAUCCGUCCCAUG